CCAGGCCCCGCCCCGUCAGACCCCGUCCCGCCCACUCCACGGCCCAGUCAGCCGCUGCAGCGCGCGCCCUUCCCCUCCUCGCCGCUACCUGCUCCGGUUCCGGCGCUCGGCAGCUCCGUUGCCCUCGGGCGCCUUGGUUGCGGCCCUCCGCUGAAGCGCCAUCGGGCCAGGCCGCCGCAGAGCCGAGCCGGACGCGGGCGGCAGGCCUGGGGACGGACGCCGUGACAGGGAGCGCGAGGCGGGCGCGGCGCAGGGACGCGGGAGCGACGCGCUCGGCCAUCGGCCCCUGGGCUGGCGGCCAGGCCCGAGCAAUCGGCGGCCGAUCUGGGCGGGGCUCAGAGCGGAGGCGGCGGCCGCGGGGGCGAGGUCCGCCUGGUUGCACCCCCGGACCUCGCGGGACCGCGGCGGCGCAGGAAGAAGUCCCCGAGGAGACUUCCCCAUAGGAGUUCACAGAAAAUAUUGAAAUGUCAGGUUCCACGCCAUUUAAGAUGAGAUUAGUUCAUUUAGACCUUAAAGGAGCUCCACCAAAGGUCUCAUACCUCUCAGAGAUUUUUCCUCUGUUCCGUGCACUAGGUGCAAACGGCCUCCUCAUUGAGUAUGAAGACAUGUUUCCCUACGAGGGCUCUCUGAGGCUGCUGAGGGCCAAGUACGCCUACAGCCCCUCUGAAAUCAAAGAGAUCCUGCAUCUGGCUGGACUCAAUGAGCUGGAGGUGAUUCCCUUGGUGCAGACAUUUGGACACAUGGAGUUUGUGCUGAAGCAUGCGGCCUUCGCCCACCUGCGGGAGGUGGGCCCCUUCCCCUGCACCCUGAACCCCCACGAGGCAGAGUCCCUGGCACUGGUGGGCGCCAUGAUCGACCAGGUCCUGGAGCUGCACCCAGGCACCCGAUGGCUGCACGUCGGGUGUGACGAGGUCUAUUACCUCGGAGAGGGGGAGGCCUCGCGUCGGUGGCUGCAGCAAGAGCAGAACAGCACGGGGAAGUUGUGCCUGUCACACAUGCGGGCGGUGGCCAGCCGCGUGCAGGCCCGGCGCCCCAGCGUGACACCCCUGGUGUGGGACGACAUGCUCCGAGACCUGCCUGAGGACCAGCUCGCAGCAUCCGGGGUGCCGCAGCUGGUGGAGCCGGUGCUCUGGGACUACACGGCCGACCUGGAUGUGCACAGCAAGGUCCUCCUCAUGCAGAAGUACUGGCGGUGUGGCUUUCCGCAGCUAUGGGCAGCCAGUGCCUUCAAGGGUGCCACGGGGCCCAGCCAGGCCGUGCCCCCCAUCAAGCACCACCUCAGGAACCACGUGCAGUGGCUGCAGGUGGCAGGCAGCAGGCCCACGGACUCACUGCAGGGCAUCAUCCUGACCGGCUGGCAGAGGUACGACCACUUCUCUGUGCUGUGCGAGCUGCUCCCUGCAGGAGUCCCGUCCCUGGCCGCCUGUCUACAGUUGCUUCUACGCGGAGGAUUUGAUGGAGAUGCUAAAGCGAAAGUGGAGAACCUUCUUGGGAUUUCCAAUCUGGAGAUGAUGGACCCUGUUAGGGAGGGGGCCGGCUCCUUCCCUGGCAGCAACAUCCUUGCCCUUGUCACACAAGUCAGCCUCCAUCUGCGCAGCUCUGUGGACGCGCUGCUGGAGGGCAACACGUACGUCACCGGCUGGUUCAGCCCCUACCACCGCCGGCGGAAGCUCAUCCACCCGGUCAUGGUUCAGCACAUCCAGCCCACAGCACUCAGCCUCCUGGCGCAGUGGUGCACCCUCGUGCAGGAGCUGGAGGCUGCCCUACAGCUGGCUUUCUACCCGGAUGCCGUGGAAGAGUGGCUGGAGGAGAACGUGCACCCCAGCCUGCAGCGGCUGCAAGCUCUACUGCAGGACCUCAGCGAGGUGGCCACCCCCCCACCCCCACCCACCAGCCCUGGCAGGGACGCUGCUCAGGACCCCUGAGGGGACAGCUCAUGCCAGGGGGCUCUUGCUGUGGGCUGGGGGCCUCUGCGCUGCCAACUGUCAGCCAGGGCAACAGGGGCCCACGUGAGUGCUGCACCCUGUGGCCCAGCAGUGUCUGGCCCACACACAGUUCCUGAGGGCCCUGGGCAACCCCUGGGGGAGAGACUAGAAAACACAGAAGGAAGCAGCACAGGGAGACCCGCUUUGUGACACUGACUCUUCGGAAAUAAACAGUGGAGGCUAAGGGUGA